GCUCUUUCACUACAUACUCCCUUCCUCACUCUUUUGAUUCGAUUCGAUUUUUGAUUUUUGCGUGUUGGAGAGAACGAGACUACGAUGGUUCGCGAGAACAGCUUCAGCGACUCGGAUGGUCGUUCACUUACACCGGACCUUUCGGAAGAGGAGGAUAAUGGCUUUGUUGCGCCUUCGUCGCCUACUGCAGAGCACACAACCAAUCCCUCCGCCAAUAACAAUAACAAUGGUUCUCGGACCCGAGUAGACACCUUCCCUUCGACGAACGUCCAACCCACAACGUCAGGCAUCGCUUCAGACCCUGGGCCGGCGAUAACGAAAAGCGGUCUCCCACCUUCUACCUCGCCAAGCGUGCUCUUCAAAGAACCAGAAAGCAUAAACUACGAUGCUCGAUCAAAACUUACGCACUCUUCGUCUGCACCUCCCGGACCAAUUCGAAGCAACACCACAACAAGCAAACCCGCACGCGACUGGACACCCGCAGACCGGUUCCGCGCAGCCGUACAAAAAGUCAUCCGUAUGCAUCGCGGAUCCACCGCUUUGUCCUUAGGCGGGGCAGGUGCCGAACCAGGUAUCGACCCGCGUCGUGCAUCCGCAUAUCUCAACUACGGUCACAUUCGCCAGAAAUGUACGAUCGAGCUUGUUGAUUACAGUUCCGUGAGAGCGAGUUUUGGGAAGAUGGAGAAUAGAGGGUUUACAGAGUUUUUGAUGGAUCCGAGGGCGAGUGCGAGGGAGUCGUGGGUUAAGGUACGGUGGAUUAAUGUUGGAGGUGUGAGUUGGGAUGUUAUUAGUUCGCUGGCGAUUAAGUAUGAUAUCCAUCCCCUUGCGCUCGAAGACGUAUUACACAUGCGCGGCACUCAAGCACGUUCCAAAGCCGAUUACUACCUAAAACAUCUCUUCAUUCGUAUCCUACGACACACACCCGCUCUCGAUGAUGAAGAAGAUGAUAAGAACGCACGUGAGACGAUUGCACCACCGACUAUUACGCGUUUACCGCGAUCAUCCAGCCCGGACAUGAUGAGUAAACAUGGUGAUAGCUAUGAAAGUGAUAGUGGUGAGUGGAGCGAGGACGUUACGCUUGCCGGGUCGAAGUCCUUGCCGAAACGCGUUGGGUCGAUGAGGAAGGCGCAUGCGGUGGUGGAUAUUGAGCAAGGGAAACAUGAACCUGCGCGGGGACGGACUAUGAGCUCGCUGACACGUCGGAGACGUGUUGCGGAGACUAUGACGAUCGAACAGCUGAAGCGGGGUGAACGCGUCAACGUCGAUGUUAUCCCGUUCUUCAUUUUCUUGUUCCGCGAUGGCACGGUCAUAUCUAUAAACCAGUCACCAGACAUCGACUUCACCGGUCCUAUCACUGCCCGAUUGCGCCAGCGAGACACUGGUUUACGGGCAACUGCCGAUCCGUCACUUUUAGUGCAAAGUUUGCUUGAUCUGGUUGUGGAUCAAGCAUUAGAAGUUGUUGACAAGUAUCAGGACAAGAUCCUUAAACUAGAACAUGACAUCCUUAUCAAGCCGAAAAUGAAGACUGUGCGAUACCUGCAUAUUUUGUCUGGCGACCUAACCCUCCACAAAAGAACCCUCGAACCAAUCAAGACGCUCGUAUACGGUCUACGACGAUACGAUGUCGACAGAUGCGCAGCGCUUAUCAACGCGUCUAACGAGGGCUCCAACGCUGCGACUCCGACGAAGAUCGAGGGUUUCAUGAGUCACAAAUCCAAGAUCUACCUUGCGGACGUGCACGAUCAUAUAGACUAUAUUAUCAAUAGUCUGGAUAUGUUUUCGAGUAUUUCGGAGAAUUUGAUUAAUUAUACGUUUAAUAUGGCUUCGUAUGAGAUGAAUGAGGUCAUGCGUCGACUAACGAUGGCUACGAUCAUUUUCCUCCCAUUGACUCUUCUCACUGGUUACUUCGGAAUGAACUUUGACCCAAUGUGGUCUGUGCAGCAGAACAGUGAUGCUUUAUUCUGGAAGAUCGCUAUCCCGGUAAUGGUCGUUGUCAUCCCUCUAUUCACUUGGCCGGAUAUCCAGAGGAUGAUACAUUUUGUGGAGAAGAGAUGGGCUGCGAGAAACUUUGAGAAGGCUGUGAAACGAAGUACUGUUCAUGCCAAGAAAACGCAGUAGUGGUGGAUUGUGUUAUCGUCGACGUCAUUAUUGAUGUUAUUACACUUUGUUUCAGUGCUUCUAGUGCUCACGUGCACUGGUAUUGGGUUCACGACCCUCUGGCCGGAAGUUUCUCAUGUUAUCAUCAUUGCACUGUUUAUCCCUAGAUAGGUGUUCAUUCAAUAGUUUUUUUCGUCUGGUGCACGUACAGGAUAAACGUACACCCAUUUUCUCCUUUAUUAUAUCUCAUAUCUUGACUUGAAUGCCUUGGUCAGUUGAGUUGACUACAUACACAUCCCCCCCAGACUUAGCACACAUCAGUAUUCUAUUACAUUCGUCUUUCGUAUUUGUUCCUUCGUUACAUACCUUUUGUUUUGUUUGAUCCAUGGAAUUUUCAUGUUUGGGUUUGGUGGGUUAGCCUUAUACCGUCUUCGUCAUUACAGAAUGUCGGAUGUACGUACACAGAUAUCCG